AUGUCUAAGGAAGACAUUCCGUCGAGUAACGAAGGUACUGUUGCGGUCGAGGAUAUCUCUUCCUUGACCAUCCAGGGUCCUGAGUCAUCAGUUGCUACUGAUCGCCCGGAACUUCCCCAUCGUUCUCAUAAUCCAGAAAACAACAUGAAAAGAUCUGAUCCCUUUCAGUUUGGUUCUCGAUAUCUGGGUGAACAAGACAACGUCUUCGAGUUCAAUGCAUGGGACCAUGUCGAGACUGAUGAUACUUACAAGGAGUAUGCAGAACUACAAUACGCAAAGCAACGCGAAGCUCCUGUGUCGGAAUUUGACAAAAAUAGAUUCAACUCCGAUCCCGCAAAAUGGUGGAACAAUUUCUAUAAAAAUAACACUGCCAAUUUUUUCAAAGACCGCAAAUGGCUCCAACAGGAAUUUCCUAUCCUUUCUCAAGUGACGGAGUCAAACUAUGGACCAGUUACCAUUCUGGAAGUUGGUGCUGGCGCAGGUAACACUGCUUAUCCAAUAUUAAAACAUAAUCAAAAUCCUGAAUUGAAAAUCCAUGCUUGCGAUUUCUCCAAGAAAGCAGUGGAAGUGAUACGUGCGAACGAAGCAUAUGACACCAAGAAUAUACAAGCAGACGUAUGGGAUGCUGCUGGCGAUGAUCUUCCCCCAGGAUUGAAAGAAAGUAGUGUCGAUGUUGUGAUCAUGAUCUUUAUCUUCUCUGCACUUUCCCCCAGCCAAUGGAAUCGGGCUGUCCAAAAUAUCUUCAAAGUCCUCAAACCAGGUGGUGAUGUUCUAUUUCGGGAUUACGGCCGCGGUGAUCUAGCUCAAGUACGUUUCAAAAAAGGUCGUUAUCUGGAAGAGAACUUUUACAUCAGGGGAGAUGGAACUCGGGUAUAUUUCUUCGAGAAAGACGAGUUGGUCAACAUUUGGACCGGAAAACUUCCCGAGUCAGACGCUGAGGGCAAAGCCUCAGAGAUAGAACAAGAGUGUGGCUUCGAUAUAAUUGAUUUAGGCGUGGAUAGAAGGUUACUGGUUAAUAGAGCCAAGGAACUAAAGAUGUAUAGAUGCUGGAUGCAAGGCCGAUUCAAGAAGAAGAGUUUGCCUAUCACCAAUUCAAAGUAA